CGGCAAUCCGCAUAUGUAAUAAGAAUUCAAAUUACAAAAUUACCCUCAUCUAUUUCUCCAAUUUCCAAAACCUAUCACUCCUCUGCCCUCCUCCGCAGCCCCUUGGUCAUCGCCACCGCCAGAACUCCACCUCCGGCGAUUUGGCGAAGCAGCAACCAUCUCCCGGAUGCCAUCGAGCCGAUGAAGCCAGAUUCGCCCAGGGUUAGGCCAGAUUUGGCCGAGCCGAGCUAUAUCGGGAUCAGGACCUCACGGCAAGGCUCCAGCCAGAUCGAAUGGCUCGAGGUCCAGAGCCACCCGGGGUUCGUUGACCCCAGGGUCGGGUUCGAGCUGGGGUCGCGAACCUGGCCAAGGGGUCAAAUAGCCCCGAGUUCGACGAACCAGGGCUUGGGGGCCUGUGGUUUAUAUAGAGAAAAACAACGAGUCCCGGGUGGCUCGGGAGGAACUGGUUCGCUCGAGCUCCAACGAACCAAGAGUGUUCGUCUUCUUCCCUCUUUUUAUUUUUUUUAUUUUUUUUAUUUUAACAUUUUAAAAAUAUUUUUCUAAUUUUAGUUUCUAUAUAUAAAUAAAUAUUAUUGUAAUAUUAGCUUUUAAUAUUUGUUAUAUUUAUAUUUCUUUGUGCAUAAGGAUAAUUUCGUAAUUUUGUUCCAAACCUCCCUAUCUUUUUCCUUAAACAAAAAUUAAGUAUUGUAACUCAUGUCUUUUAUUGCAUCCAAUCGAACAAAGAUGUUUAUAUGUAAUUUUUAUUUUAUUACGUGCUAAUUCAUAUAGCCUACUCAUAUCAUUCACCGUUUAUUCCAUUAUGGCGAAACAUACUUAGCAUAAGGGAAUUUGGGGAGUAAGAUAAGUGUGCACAGGAACCUCUUCAUCGUAUUUUUUUUUCCGAUAUUUUAUUGUUUGGCCAAGUUUUUCUUUUUCCUAUAUUAAAUUGACAUUUUUUUGGUAACUUCUUAGAUUAUACAAAGUGAGAGCUUAUCCAGUAAACCCACCAACCAACUAUAUAAUUGACUGUCUCGUAUGGAUAAAUUCAACGGUUAGAAGCAAUAUUAGAGUUAGAACACCACCAAAAAUCCCCAUUUCUCAAUGGCUGCAUCUAGGACUAUUCCCCGCACGAAGCCGAUCCCAAUCGGCAGCUUCAUCCCGCCAUCCUCGGACCUGAGCUACUCUCCCCAAGUCGGCUCACCGGAAAACAUCUUCGAGUUCGAUGAUUCUGAAGAUUGGACGAGUCCGAGCUACCAAGCUGUUGUGCCCUCGCCUAACUCGAGGAAAGCUGACCUGCCCGGGAAACUGCUUCAACCGAGGAAGGCGAUGAACACGAGCACCCCCGUGGGAGCCACGGCCUCGUCCUUGCCCGUGAGCAUACCUGACCGCAGGUUGAAGAUCCUAAAGGACGACACCCACCACGAUCCCCGCCAUCAUCGGCAGGGAUCCGGGGAUGAUGACGACGGCAACGAGGAGGGCGAGGGAGUGGACUGUAGGCUCCCUCCCCACGAGCACCUGGCGAGGAGGUGGGGCGCGUCGCUCUCCGUGCACGAAGGGAUCGGGAGGACCCUCAAGGGCAGAGAUCUCCGGCGGGUGAGGAAUGCUAUAUGGAAGAAGGUUGGUUUUGAAGACUAGCUAGCUAGCUAGAGGACGUACGUACCAUAUAUAACCAUACACAAAAACACAUUCAUAUAUACACCCAGAUAUAUAGAGGGGCAUGACAAAUUUUGAUUUAGCUCUUCAUAUAUAGUCAUUGACCCUCUAAUAUAUAUACACAUACUUGUUUAUAUGUUUUUUCCAGUUGAUCUUCUCUCCGGCAUUGGGUUUGUUUUUCUGAGCUUCUUGUCGGAAGAAUGACUGGUCUUGAUUUUCACCUUCGAGGUCUUGUCAUGUCCUUCUCGAUUUUGAUCUGUAGUGGCCUUCUUGUUUCUUGGGUUCAAAAUUUGUGUUCCAACUUUUUGCUUAGUAUGAAAUUUAGAAGAGAUAUGAACAAUAUUUUUCUUUUU